AUGAAUGCUACAAAUCCUACCACUACUGCUACUAAUGCUACCACCCCCACCACCACCACAACAGCUGCCGCUGUUGAUGCUGUUGCUGCUCAAGGUGAUGCUUCGCCUAUUGGGUGUGGAGGAGAUGUGAAAGCAGUGAAGAAGGUGGUGCGCUUCAACGACGUGGUUAAAGUCUUCUACUUCGAGAAGUUCUCCACUUCCAAGUGCUUGAUGUUGAUCCAGGAGAAAUACGCUAAUUUGCUUGGAGACCCUGACGACAGACGUAUCUGUCGAGCCGCUCGCCUCACCGGCUGCACGACACGUCUCAACGCCUUCGCGGCAAGACGCAAUAAACAUGGUGAAUUGUGCUACGUGCUGACUGUGGAAGGGAGACGGGACUCGGACGUGGAGAGAUUCAAGAGACUAAUACGCGACAAGUUUCCCGACAUCCUCUUCACUCGUGCUUGA